ACAGUCCGUGCGGUCGCAAAGAGUCGGACACGACCGAGCACGCACACAUUUUACAUAGCACAUAAAGUACUAUCUCAUCCUCAAUAAAAUUUAUAGCAUUAAAAUUUAAAACAAAAAAGAGUUAACUAAUCAAAGCAGCAUGCAAACGAACACAUCUUACAGGUCUGCAAAAAAACCCAAGGAAUUUAUAGAAAUGAUACUUUGGUAGGGUAAGCAGGACACAUCAUUCUGUACCAACAGUAGUGCCCACAGUGUGCAAAGCAUUAUGUAAUACACGGAGAUUAAAUAAGCCACGGUCUCUGCUCUGCUUGUUGCCAAAAUCUUGGCUCUCUGUGCACCAAUGCCAAACAUAAAUAUGGAGACAGUUAUGGAGGAGAAAGAAAGAGUGGCUGGCCACAAAGAAACAGCGGGGUCUCAAGAAACCUGCCCCACUCAGGGGUGAGUAGGCGGAGGUUACAUAGUCAGGCAAGGGUGUGUGAUAAGGAUCUAGGCAGUAAUAGUCUUGCCUUCUUUCUUCUGCAAAAGGGUGAGGUUGUAUGCAGGGUCUUAGGCGGUUGGGGCUCCGAACCUUGAGCCACUCUGGUCCCUUUAAUCUUGCCUCAGGUAGUUUCCUGAUUGUUCCUCCCUUGAUUAACAACUGUUCUGCUCUUUGGAACUCAGAGGUCAUGGAGACUGGAGUUCUGACUCUAAGAAAUGGGGUACAAAAAGACCUUUGUGCCCAGGAGCCCCACAGGGCCUUGCUUGACAUCUUGCUCCCAGGCACAAAACAUUAUUACCUAAACAUGAUGCAAACUGCUGGGAAUACCAAGCGUCUUGAGAAGGAAAGAUGAAUUUAACUCUGAUCCAAAGUACAAAGAUCACUGGGGGUGAGGUUGGGGAGUACUCUCUCUAGGGCUCUGUGGGGGUUGGGGAUGUAGUAACUAAGAGCCAGAAAAAUUCCAGGUGGGGCAAAAGUAGGAGUUCAGCCUUGAGCAGAAAGGGAAGGAGGAAGCCUGCAUAGGAAUGUAGGGAUCUGGGCACAAAAGUGGGUGGAACCAGUGGGCUCCGCCCCGUGUCCUCCUCCCUCCUCCUCCCCCUGCCCCAACCUACUCACUGCCGAGUGCGCCGAGACAGGAGCCUGGGGAGGGGCCAUGGUGCCAGGCCAGCCGUGGGGGAAACUGGAGAAGCCGCUUCUCUUCCUGUGCUGCACCUCCUUCCUCCUGGGGCUGGCUUUGCUGGGGAUACGGCCGGACAUCGCCCCUGUGGCUUAUUUCUUUCUCAGCUUGGGUGGCUUCUUUUUGUUGGUCUGCCUCCUGGCCUGUGUUUUGGAAUGGGGGUCUCGAUCAGGGCAGACCGAGAGCCCAGGGGCCUCCAGCAAUGCACGGGACAAUGAAGCCUUUGAGGUGCCAACCUAUGGUGAAGCCACAGUGAUGGAGCCGCAGCCCCACCCCCAAGAGCUGGACCUACCACCCUCUUACAGCAGCAUUGUAAUCCCCCCAGGACUUGAGGAGGGACAGCCUAACCAUCCAGAGGAGCCCAGGAGAGCCAGACUGGACAGGCGAGUGGGCUCAGAGGGGUCUGUGACCUCAGCAAGUCCUAGAAGACCUCCAAUCAGCCUGCGGCUUCGGUGGUCACGGACUGUGUCCACUGUUCCUGAUCUGCAGACCUUGUGGACGCCCCCCAGAUUGGAACCUCUGACUCCACCGCCUGCCUAUGAAGUCAGCUGUGGUCACUCUGAUGAUGAUGUUUUCUAUGGAAACAACUGGACACCCUCCUAAAGGACUUUCUGAGGAUAUAUCAUCUUUCAGCACCAGACCCACUCAUUCUUUGGACCAUUGCCUCCCAGUGCCUGUCAUGUGUCAGGAACUGUGUCCCCACCUGGACAUCACACAUGCAGGCUUUGACCCAGAGAGGAGUUGGGCUGUGGUGAGCCCUGCCCGGUUUUGAGGUGGCCCAUCCCAAAGAUGCAGGUGGCACCAUUUGAGUCUUCAGGCAAUAUUCAGCAACCUACCCCAUAUCCAGAGUUAGGCUGAGGGUGAGAUGAGGAGGUGAUCCAGAGAAUCUAGGGAAAGAAGAAAAGAAACAAUACCCGAGUGACAUUCUGAUGCUUCUGUUCCAGGUGCUUUGGCUCUAUUAGAUCACAAAAAUGAGGUGUAAUUGCCCUCAUUUAUUAAACGAGGACCCUAAUGGUCAGAAAAAAAAUUGAUAGUUUGCACAGGAGCACUCUGCUAGUAAAUGACACAGUCUUGAACUUUGCUCUUCA